CCUCCCACCAGAGCACAGACGUCAGCUGAACAUGGCGUUGGACUAGAGAGCUGUCAGUAGUAACGGACAGAGGAAAACAAAACACACAGAGACGAUCCUCUGAAAGUCGGUGACGGCUUACUUUGGAGUGCGGAGGCUCGUGUGUGUGUAUUUCUUUUUUAUUUUAUCCACUAUUACCUCCUCUGGGACGGCAAACGUGCACUGGACAAGGCAAGAAAGAAGGGGGCGGUGGAGCAGAGUUGACAGCCACAGUCUUUAGAGCGACUAGCUAAUCUGUACUGUACACAUAAUGUGGGUUAACCUCGUUAACUAACCACCGUUACUUCUGCUUGGAGAGCUAACGUUAGCUGUCGACUCAACCAGGCAUACUGCUAUUUGGGUAAACUCACCAUGCGCUUUCAAAGCUAAUAGCUAACGUUAGACAAUACCACACAAGAUGAUCCUGUGAGCUCGUUUUUUUCUUGUUGCCUGACACUCAAAUCAGCGCAGCUCACCUGAGUCGGCUCGGCUUAAUCUCAUUCUGCCGGGUGUCGUAUGUUAAGUUCAUAUUGUUUUUUUUUUUUUUUCGCCAGUGGACUUGCAAACGUUAGCUAAUCAGAUAAGGAAAUGUCAGACAACCAGAGCUGGAACUCAUCGGGUUCCGAGGAGGAUUUUGAGCCGGAGUUGGGACAUCCUGUGGGUAUCGCCGAGUUCAGCGGAGUCCUCAGUAAGUGGACAAACUACAUCCAUGGCUGGCAGGAUCGUUGGGUGGUACUGAAAAACAACACACUGAGCUACUACAAGUCUCAGGAUGAGAGAGAGUAUGGCUGCCGGGGGUCACUCUGCCUUAGCAAGGCUGUUAUCACUGCUCAUGAGUUUGAUGAGUGCCGGCUGGACAUCAGUGUGAAUGACAGUGUGUGGUACUUGAGAGCGCAGGACCCAGAGCACAGACACCAGUGGAUUGACUCCAUUGAGCUGCACAGGAAGAUCAGAGAAGGGAGCAGAGAGAAGGGAGGAGUCCAGGGAUCAGUACUCGUCCCUCCACCGCUGGCUGAGUCUGGUUAUGGCUCAGAGUCCAGUCUGCGGAGACAUGGCUCCAUGCUGUCUCUCACCUCAGCCACCAGCGGCUACUCUGCCACCUCCACGUCCUCCUUCAAGAAAGGUCACAGCCUGAGAGAGAAGCUGGCUGAGAUGGAGACCUUCAGAGAUAUAUUGUGCAGGCAGGUGGACACGCUUCAGAAAUACUUUGACGGCUGCGCAGAUGCCGUGUCCAAGGAUGAGCUGCAGAGAGACAAAAUUGUGGAGGGUGAUGAGGAUGACUUCCCCAACACUCGGACGGAUGGGGAGUUUCUGCACAACAACAAUGGCAGCAAAGAGAAGUUGUUCCAGUCGCUGAGUCCCAAGGGAAUCAAUGGCAUAGAUUUCAAAGGCGAGGCCAUCACAUUCAAGGCCACCACAGCUGGGAUUCUGGCCACUCUGUCCCAUUGUAUCGACCUCAUGGUGAAGAGAGAGGACAGCUGGCAAAAAAGACUGGAUAAGGUACAUAACGAGAUGGAGAAGAGGCGACGGAUAGAAGAGAGUUAUAAAUCGGCCCUCAAUGAGUUGAAGAAAAAGUCUCACUUUGGCGGACCAGAUUACGAGGAGGGUCCAAACAGCCUCAUCAAUGAGGAUGAAUUCUUUGAUGCAGUUGAAGCUGCACUUGACAGACAAGAUAAAAUAGAGGAACAGACUCAGUGUGAGAAGACAAGAAUACAGAGGUCCAGCCCGGUUCCCUCUGGAGACAUGUAUUCCAGCGCUGGCACACACAGAUUCUCUGACAAGGUGGAGGAGAUGGUGCAGAAUCACAUGACCUACUCCCUGCAGGAUGUGGGCGGAGAUGCCAACUGGCAGCUAGUUGUUGAAGAGGGAGAAAUGAAGGUGUACAGGAGAGAGGUAGAGGAGAACGGGAUUGUGUUGGACCCACUGAAGGCCACCCAUUCAGUUAAGGGGGUGACUGGUCAUGAGGUCUGCCACUACUUCUGGGACACUGAUUACCGCAACGACUGGGAGACCACUAUUGAAAACUUCAAUGUUGUGGAGACGCUGUCAGACAAUGCUGUAAUUGUCUAUCAAACACACAAGCGGGUGUGGCCUGCAUCCCAGAGAGAUGUGCUGUACCUGUCGGCUAUGAGAAAGAUCCUGGCCAACAAUGAGAAUGACCCUGACACCUGGCUGGUCUGCAAUUUCUCUGUGGAUCAUGACAAUGCACAGCCAACCAACAGGUGUGUCCGUGCCAAAAUCAACAUCGCCAUGAUCUGUCAAACACUGGUCAGCCCACCAGAGGGAGACAAAGAGAUCAGCAGGGACAACAUCCUGUGUAAAAUAACAUAUGUCGCCAAUGUGAACCCGGGAGGCUGGGCUCCUGCCUCCGUGCUCAGGGCAGUGGCAAAGAGGGAGUAUCCCAAGUUCCUAAAGCGCUUCACCUCCUACGUCCAAGAAAAAACGGCCGGCAAACCCAUCCUCUUCUGAGGCGCACAGAUACCGUGCAACGUGAUGUGAAGCCACUCAGUCGUUCCAGGGUGCUUCAUUAAAGUUGAGAUGUGAACAGAGCCCCCUCCUGGAAUUUUUGAGGACCCAUCGUCUGCUGUCCUGCACAUCCAGACCACUGACAGCUACUCUGCUGCCAUGACCAUCCUACUUCUUUAUGUCUUUUUCAGCUGCCAAACCUCAGUCUUUAAAGCUGCUGCAGGCAAGUGUCUCUAAGCACAAUUUGAUCAUAGCUGGUGGAAUUCCCACUCUUUUCCAACAGGUUUCCAUAAACUAAAUGUACUGUGAAAACCCUGUUUGUAUUCUGCUCUGCCCCAAAUCAGCUAGCCGAUCCUGGCUAGUGGGCAUCAAAUAAAUUUUGCUGAUGUGUUUCAGCAAUAGCAGUGGUUUUAAAUGUGAUCCUGAGGCAGCAGAGCUUGAAGGGGUGGUUGUUGUCAUUUCAAAUUUUACCAAAAUUCCUCCCAGAAAUUCCCCCUAUUUAUCAAACUUGCCCACAGCAGCUUUAAGGUGGUUCCAGUCAGGGAAAGUCAUUGUGGCACCCUCUGGUGGUUAUAUCCGUUACUUGUCCAUAUGAAUUUUCAUAGAAAAUAAUAUUUCUAGUUCAUUCGUACAUAACAGAGCUAUGAUUUCAUAUGAAAAAAAUACUUUAUGGAUUGCAAUUGCUUAUGGGUUGCCCCCCUCCCCCAUAGCUCAAAUAUGUUUGUUCUGUUCUGUCACUUUUUGCUCUUUUCUGACAGAUGUAUUAAUAUAUACAGUAAAUAUACAUAGACAAGAAAAUCUGCUAAGAGACUAAACUAACAAUGUUAGUCUUGCUCUUUGUAGUUGUCUUUUUUGUAAGAAAUGGGCUUUGUUCCUUCUUUGGGUUGAAUUUUUGUUUUUGUAAUGAUCAGUAAACUCUUAAGCUUUCUUUUAUGCUGCUAAUAUUAGCUAGUAAAACAUUGUGAUUAAGUCGUUUUUGAGCUAAAAACUCACUUUGUGUGUAGAGAGAGUCCUGAGGGCAGUCAUGAUUUCAUGACCCCUAUGACAGAGACUUGAGAAUUGUGACUCUUCUUGUGUCUCUCUGGUGAAGACCACACCUGCUGGUACUGAUGGAGAGACAAUACACAUUUUCCAGAUAUUUAAUGUACAAAAGACAUUAUUUACUUGGCUUAUGUUUAUGUCAUUGUUUAUAUGUUGCAGUAGCAUAAAGAAAUUUUUAAAAUGUUUAGCAAACUGUAUAAGCCGUCACCAACAAUUUUGCUGAACGUCCGCAAAAUCUUUUUGGGGUCGAAUCAACCCCAUAUGCCUUAGUCUAUGUAAUAAGAGAAGAAACUAAUGCUUUAGGAUGGGAUAAGGGUGGUGUUAGUACACCCAUGAAAUCACUAGCAAAGUGCCUCAUGGCCAUGUACUCCAUGUUGUCUUCACCUUUUGAUCCAGCUGAACUUCUCUCCCACAGUAUUUUAGUGAAGAAAUCAAUCAGGCUUCUGAGUGUGUGGUUUUCCAGCAGACGUUACAGCUGCGUGUCUCUCCAGUAACAAUGGCACAAAAGAAUUUGUUCUAAGCACAAGGUUACGUUUAGCAACAGUCUGAAAGGGUUAUUAUUAUUGGCCAUAUCAUUGCUUCAUAACUUCAUAUUCAUUGCUUUGCAGCGACAUUUGCUAAUUCCCAUUCCCAAACCUUUCAUUUAGUAAGAUAAAAACUAUAGCUGAAUGAUUGUUUCUGGGUGAGAUGAUGCUCAGGCUUUCGGCUACAGUAAGCGGAAAGACGCCAGGCUGGAAAGCAGACACCUCGACAAGGAGUUAUGAGUUAAGUUGCAUUUCAACCGAAUGUAGUAUUAGAGAGAAAUUUUGUAAAUAAGAUGUUCACACUAAUGCUGUUGAGAUCGACUUAAAAAUGUACUGUGACAACGUGGCACUUCUUUGCCCUGUUUAGAAAGAGAAAUAAAUUUAUCCUCCAGUUCA